AUGAUUGAAAAAUUAAAAUAUUUUUAUUUAUUAUUUUUUUUAUUAAAUAUUUGCGUUGCAACAGAUAUUAAAGUUAAUUAUAAUGUUGAAAGAAAUUACAAUUCUUUUGAAGAAUGUGGUGUAGAUAAUCAACCAGUUUGUACAUCAUUUGAAGAUGCUUCAAAUAGAGCUAUUUUAUUAUCAAAAACCAGUACAAGUAAUAAUAGUAUUGUUAUUAAUAGUGAUAUUAAUGGAUCAACACCUGUUUCAUUGGGAAAUUUAUAUAAUUAUUGUGGUACUUUAUAUAUUAAAUCAAGUAGUGAUAAUGUAUCUAUUAACAUUGAUGGUUGGAACUCAACGCAACUACCAUUUCUCAAUAUUGAAGAGCCAGAUCAACCAAAUUCAACCUAUUCAUGUACAUCGCAAAGACAUUUAAAUUGGGAUCAAACAAUUGCAAAAAUCAACAUUAAUCAAGAAAUAAAUUUAACUUCAACUAACAAUUCAAAAUCGUUUGCUCUUUAUUUCAAUCGUGUAAAUAUAUAUUCAUCAAGUAGCAUAUUAAUGGUUUAUCCAAAGAAUUUAGGCCAGAUUUACAACGCAAGGUUCACCACUGUACAUUUUAUAUCAACCUUAGGUUAUAACUUAAAGUCGUCUUCAAGUCUGUUUGCACCAGGUUCAGUUACCGAUUAUGUACCACCUAUUUAUGUGGUCGGUGGUUUUAUUAAUAGAGGUAUGAAUAUAGAUAAUGGAACAUUCUUGUCUACUCCGUUUGUUUUUAUCCAAGGUGGAGAGAUAUAUAUUCCAAUUCAAAAAAUAUCAAACAUUAAUUUCUCUGUGAAUCCAUUCAUUUUGUCAAUCAGCUCCUUGGUCACACUGAAAGCAUUGAUUUUCAAAAACAACCAACUCUCCACAUUCAUAUAUUUAUAUGAUUGCAAUGGCGCAACACUAUUUAACUUUGAAUACGAGAAUACCACACAAACACCAUUUUAUCACAGAAAUAAAUAUCUUGGACUUGAAUAUGAAGAUUCAUUUGCAGUAAUCAAAAAGAGCCACGUAGAAAUUAAAGAUUGUUUGCAAUCAACUCUUUCCUUAAAUUCAAUUGAAAACUUUUUAGUUUUUGUUGAAAACAGUUCACUCUCUUUUGCAUUCAUUGAAAUUUCUUCGCUUAUAUCACCCAAUUAUUUUUUAAAAACAGAAAGUAGUUCAGUCAGUUUAUCUGGUUUGGACCUAAGUAGUUCUGAUACACCCAUUAUUGGAAGUAACUCCUCCAUAUUUUUUUUUGGUCAUAUCACUUUUACAAACAAAUCCUUUUGUGGUUGCCAAAAUUGCAGCUUUUAUUUAGGAGAAACCAUACAUGAUACCACAAACUAUAUUUGUAGUUCUAAUCCAACAGACACACCAACAGAUCAACCAACAGAAAAUCCAUCAACCGAAACAUCAACUCAAACAUCAGCACCAACAUCAACUUCAACGCCAAACUCUCCUAAAAGUAGCAGAUCAAGGAACAUUUCUAUUAUUAUUUCAAUUUUAGGUAUUGCAUCUAUCGCAUGUCUUAUUAUAUUCUCAUUCAUUUAUAAAAGACAUAAAAAUAAUAAAUAUAUCUCAAACUCACAACUCCAUAAUCAUGAUAAAAUUAGUUCAAAUGAUAGCAUACUUAAUGAUAGCCCAUGUAUUGCUGUUGCAGAUGAGGAUGAAAAAGCAGUUUCUCCGACCAUUGACAUAUCGGUAGUGGCUUAUGAACAAGAGUAUGAAGAUUUUGCACAACUAGAACAGUUAUAA